AUGUCAGCUAUCGUAUCAAAAGCAUCUGGAGCUCUCAGUUCAUUACUCACAAAAUCAACAGAAGCCAUAAAUAAAACAGUUUAUUGGUCAAAAGUAGCUGCAGAAUUAUCAAAAACAGUUUAUCAAAAAGAAGGUUUUGCACCACCAUCAAUAAAACAAUUUGAAUCAACUUAUCAAAAUUUAUAUAAAUUUUUAAGAAGUUCAAAAGAUCAAGAAAAAUUUGUUAAUCAAUAUAAAAAUUAUAGACCUGAUUCAAAAUCAAUUGUACAAUUAGGAGUUUAUGGUAUACAUUUAGCUGGAUUUUUCGCUCUUGGAGAAAUUAUUGGUAGAAGAAGAAUUUUUGGUUAUCCAAAAUUAGGAGAUUCUCAUCAUCAUUAA